AUGAGCUUUACAAAUGGAUGACUUUACAACUGCAAUGGUGAGACUACUUAUUCCAAGCUACAAUCUGUUGUUGUUGGUGAAAUGUGCUUGUUUGGAAGAAACCAACAGUGUGUUCUGAAAUACUUCCAAACCUUGAAUUAUUUGCUUUGCAGUACAUGGUAAGUUGAAAUGGCACCAUAGUUAUCAUCAUUUAAUUUUAUAAGUACUGACCUCCUGCUGUCUUGUUUGUUGAUUUUAGAUUUUCUUUAAUAAAUAGAUUGAUGGCAUGCAUAGAUAUCGACGCCAAGUUUUAUUUAUUUAUUUAUUUUCUUUGUAGAAUGUUAUAUCUUCACCCCUUAUUUAAUUUUGUUUUCUGAGUGAAGAUAUUUUGAUGCUGGCAGUAAAAAGUCCAAUCAAAUUUCCCCUUGUAAUUAAACCAUUUUUACUGCAUUUAUACUAACCCUCUACAUGUAUGGAGAGAUUCUCUACAGAGUAUUCUGCCAAAAUUUAUGAGUCCCAUAAUUUACUUAAAACUCGCACUGUCAAACUCUAUUAAUAUUCAGUGAAUUUAAGUAAUUGCAUGAAAAAAUUGUUGACAGUGUAUUGUAGUUCUACUCCAUUGGACAAAACCAAUCUGCUAAAAUAAUAGUAUCAUUAUACAUAACGACAAGAGCAUAAAAAAUGCAUUUCUUUUGUCUUUGAGGUAAAUAAAUCCUUUCAUAUCUAUUCAAACAGAGUCAUUGUAGAAUGCAGUGUCCGAUUUGUGAUACUUAAGAUCAUGUGGAGAUUGAUAUAGCAAAGUUAAUUUUAUUGGUCUUGCAUGCUAGAUAUAACCAACCACAAGUCAGGGAUCAAAGUUUCAUACCUUCUUCGUGUUAAGCAAGUAAUCAUGCAGAGUUGACUCCUCCCAUACCACAGCUUUGAACUUGUUUGCAGCAGAGUAGGAAUAACCAGGCGAUGUACUAGAUUGAUUGUAUCCCAUAAAAGGACAUUCAGAUUCGGUCCCAAGAACAGAUAGCAUAUCAUUGAUUCAGCAUUAGUAGGAAUGGUUAAGCACUUAUUGCACGUCAAUUUAGCACAUUUUAUGUAUCAGGUGGUCACGCUAGAGAGUAGAGAUCAAGAAAUCUCUACUUUUGGUCACGAUCUGAUCACAAUUGCUUCAUCCUUCUUUUGGUUUUCUGGUUCUUUGGUAGUCAAAAUUUGAAGAUCGUUUUCAUUGGAUCGCAAUAACAUCCUCGCUUUUAUAUUUUUGGCUUUUGGUUAUUCGAUGAUCAAAUCUUGGAGAUGAACUGGCUAGAAUUGCAUUUUUUUUUCCUUUUUCGUUGUCUUGAUUCCGGUCAUUUGGCUGCCAAAUCUUUGACGUCGUUUCAAUUGGAUCACACUUGCUUUCUCGCUUUUGGUGGAUAAAAUGUUGGAGAUGGCAUGAAUUGUAUCGCACUUGCUUCUUUGAUUUCUUCGAAUAAUUUGGUAGUCAGUCAAAUCUUGGAGCUAGUUUGGAUUAGAUCACAUUUACAUCUUAAUUUACUUUCUUGUGAUCGUUUGUAAGCGAAGUCUUGGGGAUGGUACAAAGCUAUAACGUAUCCCCAAGACUUCACCGACAAACAACCACAGGAAAGUAAAUUAAGAAUCAUGUACCAUCUAAUCCAAACCAAAAUGAUUAUAGGUAAGAAAUCGAAAAUGUCAGUAUUUGUCCGUCAAAUUACCAAUAGAAAAACGAUGAAGCAAUUGUCGCUCAAUGAAAAUGAUCUUCAAGACUUGACCGCCAAAUAAAUAUGAAACAAUUGCAAUCAGAUUUUUAGGAUCGAAUGAUAAGAAAUGGUUUAUGUCAGUUUGCAUAUGCUUACUUUCAUUAAUAUCUUUUCUCAUUUUGCAGAAUGAAUAGUACAAAUGUUUGGAUGUUGAAGCUGCCUGAGGUUAUAAGAGUUCCAUAUUUUGUUUCAUCAAUGCCUGAAGAUAACACUAUAAUUGAAUCACCCCGACGAAGGCAUGGCCUCUUAAGAGACCAAGUUCAACUGGUGAAGAGAAAGGACUCUGAUCGUUAUGAAAUUGUUCCAAUUCAAGAUCCAUUAUCUUUUGAAAAAGGUUUCUUUAUAGUAAUACGUGCAUGCCAGUUGUUGGCCCAAAAAAAUGAUGGAAUUAUUUUGGUUGGGGUAGCUGGUCCUUCUGGUGCUGGGAAGACUGUAUUUACAGAGAAGGUCCUCAAUUUCAUGCCAAGCAUUGCUGUCAUAUCGAUGGACAACUACAAUGAUUCAAGUCGUAUCGUUGAUGGAAAUUUUGAUGAUCCACGGCUAACAGAUUAUGACACUUUGCUGGAAAACAUCCGUGGACUAAGAGAGGGGAAAUCUAUUCAGGUACCAAUAUAUGAUUUCAAGUCAAGCAGUCGCAUAGGAUACAGGAUUGUUGAUGUUCCUAGCUCUCGAAUUGUUAUUCUUGAAGGUAUUUAUGCUUUGAGUGAGAAGUUGCGCCCUCUACUUGACCUCCGUGUUUCUGUGACUGGUGGGGUACAUUUUGAUCUGGUAAAAAGGGUUUUGAGGGACAUACAGCGUGCUGGACAAGAACCGGAAGAAAUAAUUCAUCAAAUUUCAGAAACGGUCUAUCCAAUGUACAAGGCCUUCAUUGAACCAGAUUUGCAAACAGCACAUAUAAAAAUCUCCAACAAGUUCAACCCGUUCACAGGCUUCCAGAAUCCGACUUAUGUUCUAAAGUCACCAAGAUCUGUAUCGGUGGACAAAAUCAAGGCUGUUCUUUCGAAGGAACACAAAGAAUAUAGCGAACAAACUUAUGACAUAUAUCUAUUGCCGCCAGGGGAAGAUCCAGAAGCAUGCCAAUCUUAUUUAAGAAUGAGAAACAGGGAUGGAAAGUACAAUCUUAUGUUUGAGGAAUGGGUAACCGACAGUCCAUUCAUCAUAUCACCAAGAAUUACUUUUGAAGUUAGUGUGCGCCUUCUUGGUGGGUUAAUGGCACUGGGCUAUACCAUUGCAGCAAUUUUGAAAAGAAGCAGCCAUGUGUUCUCUGACGACAGGGUGGUUGUGAAAAUUGAUUGGUUGGAACAACUUAAACGUACCUAUGUACAGGUGCAAGGAAAAGAGCGGCCAUUUGUUAGGUAUAUAGCAGAGCAAUUGGGCUUGGAAGGUUCUUUCAUUCCUCGUACCUACAUCGAACAGAUUCAACUAGAAAAGCUUGUGAAUGAAGUCAUGGCAUUGCCUGAUGAUUUGAGGACAAAGCUCAGUAUAGAUGAUGAUCUGGUUUCGAGCCCUAGAGAAGCGCUUUCACGAGCAUCUGCCGAUAGGGUCGCUAUGCGAAAUAAACAUCUUAAAAGUGGAAUGUCCCACUCUUAUUCAACACAAAGGGACAAAAAUAUUGCUAAGCUCACCAGACUUGAAGUCAACAGCAGCAGGUUUGAUGGACGAACACCUGAAUCACCUGCAGUUAAUCGGGAGGUGGUUAACCAACUAUCAGAACAGAUAUCAACUCUGAAUGAAAGGAUUGAUGAGUUUAGUUCGCGAAUCAAAGAACUUAGUUCAAAGUUUAGUUCACAGAAAACUUCCGUGAGCCAACAAAACUUGGCCCUCCAAAAUGAAGCUUGUAAUGGCUCUGUCCCAACUUCGGUUUUUGUUUCUAACUUGGGCAACGGUACCAUUUUGCCCAGUUCAUCUUCUUCCACCCAACUGAAUAAGGAUUCUCCCCUGAUGGAAGAGCUCAUGCUCAUCACUCGAGGACAGCGUCAAGUGAUGCAUCAGUUAGAUAACCUCUCUAAUUUAGUUCAUGAGCAAUUGGCUGUAUUGACUCAGCAAGACAGAAGGGAUAACAGAAGCAGAUUUCUUGACUUGGAUCUUAUUGGGAAUCCAGUUCUCAUACUCCUGGUGGGUGGCAUCAGCUUUUUCCUAUUAAAAAAUCUUAGUAGGAACUGAAUUGAAGGCUCGACUCCAUUUUGGAUCGCACCAGAAUUCUUUUACAUGAGCCUUGGGGAUUGCCACAUCGGUCUUAAUUCAUGACCUUUAAUAUUGCAAUACUAUCGACUCAGCUUGAAGGUCACACAUGAUGGGGAUUUUGUAGGAGGCACGGUGUUAUUUUGCUGCCUUUUGUUUUUUUUUUUCCAUUUCUUCUGCAUGAGCCAUAAAUUUGUAUAUUUAAGAUGUGGAAGUUCCAGAUUCAAAACUAAUGCUGUGGCAAUCUCUCGAGUAUAUAGUUGUAAUAAAUAGUUCUAGCCUCUAAUUACCAAGCGCUGGUGUUUAAUUUACCAAAGAAGGAAAAUGUUCAUGUC